UUUUUUUCAGUUUAUUCCUGGAAAUCAACGAUAUAAAGUCGAAAAUUUUACACUUGAUAUUUUUACAACGAAUUUUCCUAGUAAAUUUCAAACAAGUUUGUACUUCUUAAACAUUUAUUCAUAACGAUAACGAUGUCAUACUGCGGAGCGCGACCCAAAAAACCCAUGACUGCAUUCAUGUUGUGGUUGAAUUCUACCGGGCGCGAGCACAUCAAAUCGGAGUAUCCCGAGUUCAAGAUCCAGGAAGUGGCUGUAAAGGGUGGUGAGCUGUGGCGCUCCAUGCCGGAAGAGGACAAGUCCGUGUGGCAGGAAUCGGCCAGCCAGGCAAUGGCGGAGUACAAGAAGGAGUUGGAGCACUGGAAUGCCCUCAUAGAGCACCAGAAGAAGGUCUGCCUUUCGCAGACGUAUCCCGAUAUCUAUGAAGCUCCCUUGUCCACUCGAUUCCCAAAUUCUAAGCAAAGGCCCACCCUUUUUGUGUACGACUGCAAGGAUGACUCGAUGGCUCCGAUCUGCAGGACGUGUUUUUCAAAGGCCCGAUGCUUUCACUAAUCUUUUUUCUCAAUAUGAUACUACGUACGCUAAAUUAUUA